CUCCUCCUCCUCCUCCUCCUCCUUUUAACUUAUCCAGUUCUCUGACACCAGGCUUGGCCUUCAAUAAAUUUGUGGGAUCGUCAAUUGUGCAUACAAGCGCACGAAGUAGUGGUCCUCAAGGCUGCCGACGUUCAGGAAGGGGACCGGUAUCAACCGAUCAUUUAGCCAGGCCGAAGAAUCAAGAGACCUGUACUGAUACAUGUAGAUUAGAUGGCAGUCGGCUUCCAAUCAUUGAACGACGAUAUACUCAUCCUGAUUGUCGCGCUCAUCUCGCACAGAGACACGCAAUGCCUCGCCCUGACUUCUCGCACCGUUAACUCCGUCGCCCGGCGGCGCGUCCUCUCCUCGCUAUGCCUCAAAGCCCCAGAUGACGGACAGCGUAUACAGUACUUGAACAAGCUCACGGUCCUAUGCUCAGAAGACCUUUGGCGUCAUGAGUCUGCCGACAUCUACUCGCCGCUUGCUACUGUCCUGGCGAGGGCACGAAAUCUACGGGUGCUUGUCCUUGCGGUGGGAGGUGGGGAUGUUUUGGGCGACGCAAUCGCGUCGCUGCGUGGCUUGCGCGAGCUCGAGCUGCGCUGCGUCGCCGCGCGGGGUAUGGCACUCUGCGCGAGGCUGGCUUGCAAGCCAAGUACAGUCCAUCUCGAGGCGCUGUCGCUGUACUCAAUGACACAUCCUCGUGCCCAGGUACAGCCUGUAGCUCUCGCUGAGCUCGAAAUCCUGCGGAACGCGUCGGCGAUCACGCUACACAACUUCCGGCUUGAAUGCGACGACGACUCGGACGUACCGCUUCCGCAACCACACACCUAUCAAUGGAAUCACGCUCGUAGUUUGAGCCUAAGGAACAUGGACCCAGUUGCCCUUGCCCCAUUGUGCCCGAACCUCGCAGACCUUCAAGUUGCAUUCUGGGAGGUAGACGACGAUGGCCGCGGGACGGUCUACGGCCACGACCACCAUUACACUCGCACUGCGGAGUUCACAGAUGAUGUCGAUAUCACCUCCCGCGUGCGCAUCCUGGACAUCUACAUCAAAGUGAACUGGAACUGCGAGAAAUCGCAGAUCUACGACACCAUUACCCUCACGGUGCGCAUGACGCUCCCCGUCGUGCUCUCUGUGCAAUGCCACUAUGGUGACACGACGCUGUGGGCGGAGCUCGCAGAGCUGUUCGAGGACCCAGAUGCCCGGCUACGUUACCUCGAUGUCCUCAUGCAUGAUGACAAUUGUGGGCGAAGGAAUGGCUGGUAC